UGCGGGGGGGGGGCAUUUCCUGGCGGCUCCGGCGGCGGGGAGCGGGGAGCACCAUGCCCAAGUUUUAUUGCGACUACUGCGACACGUACCUCACCCACGACUCGCCCUCCGUGAGAAAAACCCACUGCAGUGGCCGAAAGCACAAAGAGAAUGUGAAGGACUACUACCAGAAAUGGAUGGAGGAGCAAGCCCAGAGCCUGAUUGAUAAAACAACGGCUGCAUUCCAGCAAGGGAAAAUUCCACCGACGCCGUUCUCAGCACCACCCCCUGGAGGAGCCAUGAUACCGCCCCCUCCCAGCAUCCCUGGUCCCCCCCGACCUGGCAUGAUGCCAGCCCCUCAUAUGGGUGGGCCCCCAAUGAUGCCAAUGAUGGGCCCGCCUCCGCCCGGAAUGAUGCCCGUCGGACCUGCUCCAGGGAUGAGGCCACCGAUGGGAGGACACAUGCCAAUGAUGCCAGGGCCCCCAAUGAUGAGACCGCCCUCAAGACCCAUGAUGGUGCCAACCAGGCCAGGCAUGACCCGCCCAGACAGAUAAAGGUGGAAAUGGAGCUCCGUGGCUUUUUUCGUUUUAUGAUCUUCCACAUGCUAAAAUGCCGUAGACUUGCGUCCCGAGGAUUUUAUAUGAAAACAGUGUGUAGAAGAAAUCUGCUGUUGUUUCAAAUUGCAGACGGUUUGACCUAGAUGCACACUGGGCUGAUGCUUUUGUAACUGGUCUGGGUUUUUUUGUUGUUUUUUUUUUUUUUGAUUUUCCCCCAUUGAAAUAAAACAUUGAUGCUGGUUUACAUGUGGAGAA